CACAAAAGCCUAUUACCUUAACCGGAAGACUAAUUAAAAAGAUUAUAAAUGGAUUUCGAUGAGGAGGCGCUUAUAGCUGAGGCCAUUCGUAGGUCCCUUGCAGAUUCGCAACCUGAAGUGCGUGGAGAGUCGUCUUCAGCUAGUUUAUCAGCAAUGGCAAGGACAACAGCCCUGCAAAGUAAAGCACCACCGCAAGCACCAUCGAUAAUUGACCUCACGGACGAGAUUGAGCCUGUUAAAAUGGAGCAGAAUACCAUAUCAAGCAUGAACUUGUCCAGAGAUGCUCAGGAUGCUGCGACGACGGCUGAACAGGAGGAUAGAGACCUCAAGUUAGCUCUAGCACUCUCAAUGGCUGAUGCAGCGUCACCUUAUUCAAUAGAGUCAGAACCUGUAUCAAUGGCAACCGCAUUGACAUCAUCAUCGCAAGGGAUUUCUAGACAGAAGGAGUCAAUAACAUCAAAGACUACCUUCUCCCUUGGGAGUUUAAAUCGUGCUGAAAUGGAACACGAACGUCAAGAACGUAUUAAACGGAAGGCUAUGAAUAGCGCUGGAGUAACGGUGCAACCACAAUUGCAAACAGAACACAGAGCAAAAAAGUCACGUUCUCAAACUGUUGUAUCAAAUAUUUUUUCAACGCCUGAAUUACCUGAAUUAUCAGUAUCAACGUCAUCCUCAUCAGUGUCACCAUCGACUAAGAGGAAGGUACCAUUUCCAUCUACUUCAUCAUCGUCUAAAGUGUCAGCAGCAGCAUUACCAUCAGUGAAGUCAUCAUCACCAUUAGUGCCUAAGGUGCCAGUACCUACAUCCGGAUCGUCUACGCCUUAUACCACACCAUCUAUCCUUCCGUCUAGAGCCGAGAUGAUAGCGUCUAUCGACAAUGAUUGCAACAAAGGCUCUGUACGUGAUGACGAUGAGGUAGCAGCCGUAUACCCACCGAAAUAUAACGUCGCGACAUUCAGGAAUACUUGGAUCAAAGGGGCGCGACCUGGGCAGGCAAUUCGGUUUCAAGAACUCGUGGACAAGAAUUUUCUUGUCAAAGCUGUCCUAACAACAUUUGAACUAGAUGAAGAGUGGCUCGAACAUUAUCUCCCUCGUACUAUCCCUCAAUGUCUUGUUCACCAUUGGAGCAGAGAGCAUGGUGACAAACCUGGUUUUCUGACCGACGGAAAGGUAACCUAUCUACACCCACCGCUCAAUGGCUUCGGAUCUUUCCAUCCGAAGCUUAUGCUGCUAUUCUACCCCACCUUCUGCCGCGUUGUGAUAUCCUCUGCCAAUCUGGUUGCACACGAUUGGAUUGUGCUUGUCAACACAGUGUACGUACAGGAUUUUCUAUUGCUACCUAAAGCUGUAGAGAGGCCAGAGGAAAUGGGCGACUUUGGAUCAACUCUCUACAAUUUCCUAAAAGUUAUGACCGUGCCAGAAAAGGUUCUAGCAGUGGUAAGAGCAGUAGAUUUCAGUGGAGCCAAAGUUCUAUUGGUCCCAUCAGUUCAAGGCUCCUUUCCUGUUGGCGAUGACUAUACAUAUGGCAUCGCGCAGUUGGCCAAUGUUAUGCGGAAGAAGACUUCCCCGAAUCAGGAGAUGGAAAUGGAAUAUCAAACGAGUUCCAUUGGAAAGCUGUCACACAAGUUUUUGAGUGAAUUCUACGAUGCAUCCAGGGGUCGCCCUGUGAAACCCAGAUCGAAGGUGUAUGUUGAGGAGAGAUUGCCGGAUAUUAAAGUUGUCUUUCCAACAGAAAAGCAUGUGCAGAACAGUAGGUAUGGAGAGUUGGGUGCGGGCACUGUAUGUUUCCAUCCCCAGGCCUGGGAUGAUCCCACCUUUCCAAGAAGAGUGAUGCACGACUUCGAGUGUGUGGGGCCUUAUCAUGGAUCUUUGAUGCAUUCUAAGUUUGUUCUGGCAAAGUCAGUUCAAUCAACCAGCACAACUGGUCUGUAUAUCCCCCCACAUCGGGCCGCUUUAGAGAAAAAAUGUGCGGGAUGGUUUUAUGUCGGGAGUGCUAAUUUUACAGAAUCAGCCUGGGGAACAGUUGUUAGUAAAAGGGCUACCGCAAAAUUUAAAAGUGGAGUUUAUGUUUCGAUGCGUAACUGGGAAUUGGGCGUCGUAUGUGUAAUGGAAACCGAAGAGGAAAUGGAGGCUAUGGCGGAAUUCGCGAAUGCACAAGGCUUGAAUCCAGGAGGCGAGCAAUCCUUCUUUGGGCCAUUGCCUAUUCCAUACAAGAGGCCCCUGACGCAGUACACUGCCACUGAUCGACCAUGGAUUCGAUGAUCGUGUCACAGGCCCUAUAUAUAAUACUCCGCGCCUCGAAAAGAAGAAAAAUCCCCUUACCAGGCACAGAAUAAAUGAAAAGGCAGGUGGUGGCCUUUUGUCUAAACCUUUCAUAGCUUAGAUGCAAAGUACAUGACUUUGAUGGGCGGAUGACCAGGUCGAUAGACAUCAGCUAAGUGGUUAAAACAUACAGAGCGUAAACUUGAGUAGAUCAUGGUCGCUUUCAAAGCAGAGAGGGUUUUUUUAUUUUUAUUUUUAGAGUUGAUUAUACUUUUCUACAGCCUCACUUCCUCCUCCGACUGCUUCGCGCUAUACAUACGUAGAUGACGAAGUUUUCGGCUUCAGAUGGAGUCCUCGCC